UUUGAAAUCUUGAAGGCAAAUUGUCAGAGAGGAGGAGUAUCGCAUCGCAUCGCGUUCUGCGAGAGAGAAGCUAACGAACACGUGAAGUUUAGAAAUAGUUUUUCAGUAGGAUAAGUCUUUUCACCAAUGUGCUUUGUUCUUUCUCUCUGAUUAGGGUUUUUCUUUCUACCAAUAUGCUUUGUUCCUUCCAUGAAAUUCCAAUUACACCCAGAUUUUCAAGGCUUUGCAAAUAUAUUGAAGGGAAGGGACGGUGAAGAAGAAACUGCCAUCUUGUGAUGAAAUGCUUUGCUGAUAAUAGGGAGAAAGCCUAAGCUGUUAGAUAGUCGGUUGUUUGAAGACAGUUAAUGGAAUAAAGAUUCCUUCCUAUUUAAGAGUAGAUGUGAAUCAUGAAGUGGAUGAAAUUCCCAAAGCGAUACUUAAUUGUCAUUUUAACCUUUGUCAGCACAUGUGUAUGUUACAUAGAACGAGUUGGUUUCUCCAUAGCAUACACCGUUGCAGCAGAUGCUGCUGGGAUUAACCAAUCAAGCAAAGGCACAAUACUUUCCACGUUCUAUUAUGGUUAUGCUUGUUCUCAGGUGCCUGGAGGAUGGGCGGCUCAAAAGAUCGGGGGAAGGAAGGUUCUUCUUCUCUCAUUUGUAUUAUGGUCAUCGACUUGUUUUUUGGUUCCACUAGAUCCAAAUAGAGUUACCAUCUUGGUCGUUGCUCGCUUGCUUGUUGGUGUGGCACAAGGCUUCAUCUUUCCUUCUAUCCACACUGUCCUAGCACAGUGGGUUCCUCCACAUGAGAGGUCAAGAUCUGUUUCACUUACAACUUCCGGGAUGUACCUAGGUGCGGCUAUGGGAAUGCUUGUCCUUCCGAGCCUUGUGAAGUUCAGAGGUCCCCAAUCUGUAUUUCUUGCAGAAGCAGCAUUAGGUGUCAUGUGGUCUUUCCUCUGGUUUAAGUAUGCAACUGACCCCCCUCGAUCCGAGCAUCAGAAAGCCACUGCUGCUACUUUUGGUGAAUCUAUGUUACCUACCAAAGCAAGUCAGAAGAUAAAAGUGGAGAAUGGACCAACUACUGUCAGAACUUCCAAGAUCCCGUGGAAGAGAAUUUUAGUCAGCGGGCCAGUUUGGGCGAUCGUGGUAAAUAAUUUCACAUUCCACUAUGCUCUUUAUGUAUUAAUGAACUGGCUUCCGACAUACUUCGAGCUGGGUCUCCAACUCAGUCUUCAGGAAAUGGGUUUUGCGAAGAUGAUGCCCUAUUUCAACAUGUUCAUAUUCUCGAAUAUCGGCGGGGUUCUUGCUGACCACUUGAUCACCAAAAGAAUAAUGUCUGUGACUAAAACUAGGAAGUUCUUGAACACUGUAGGAUUUAUAGUCUCUUCUCUUGCUCUGAUGGCACUUCCGAUUUUCAGAACAUCUGGUGGAGCCGUUUUCUGUUCUUCCGUGGCUCUUGGUUUCUUGGCACUAGGGAGGGCUGGGUUUGCAGUGAAUCAUAUGGACAUUGCACCUAAAUAUGCAGGAAUUGUAAUGGGUGUCUCUAAUACAGCCGGUACUCUAGCUGGGAUCAUUGGGGUCGAUAUGACUGGACAGCUUCUUGAAGCUGCUGAAGCCGAAUAUUCGGACCUUUCUAGUCCAGAAAGCUGGAGAGCAGUAUUUUUCAUUCCCGGAUCGCUCUGCGUAUUUAGUUCUUUCAUAUUCUUGCUAUUCUCAACAGGGGAGAGGAUAUUCGACUGAAAUAAGCCAUGCACACUUCUAUUUUUGACUUGGUAUAUUCAUUUCAUCGAUCACUGCUAUUGAUGAGAUCUCCGAUGUUACGAAAUCUAAACCCGACUUGGGACGAAGAUAUUUAUUUUUAGAAUACCAUAGAAGGUCAAAAGCAAUCAACACAUAACAGUAGCUAUUAGAAAUUCAUUUUUCGAUUGUUGACAUGAAAGGAUCGUGUGCUCAUUUCUUUUUUCCAACAUUGAGCUUAGCCGGUUGACUCUCACUUUAAAUUUGAUUAUUGUUAUGCAUAUGAGAGAACUCAAGCCUAGCAAAUCUUUUGAACUAUAUUUGUCAUUGUUUGAUACCACUACUAUGAAUGC